AUGGAAGGCGUUCCACACUCACAGUUGGCGCCUUUGCCUACCAAAGUGCCGUUUCGCAUUGUCUCUCCCACAAUCGGCUCUGGAGCAUACGCAUGCAUCAAGAAAGCCGCUCCGCAGGCAGCCGCAACGCCGGUCUUCGCCGUCAAAUUCAUCAACAAACUGUAUGCCCUGAAGUAUGGCCGAAUCAAGCAGAAACAGCUGGAUAUGGAGAUUUCCCUCCACAAACACAUUGGCCUGCACAAGAACAUAAUAGAAUUCUACGAUCACGGCGCCGACCCGUCAUGGGUCUGGAUCGCCAUGGAGCUGGCUGAAGGAGGGGACUUGUUCGACAAGAUUGAGGCCGACGCCGGGGUCGCAGAGGAUAUCGCACAUGUCUACUUCACUCAACUGGUCAGUGCGAUUGGGUUCAUGCACUCGAGGGGAGUGGCUCAUCGCGAUAUCAAACCAGAAAAUGUUCUACUGUCUGCGGACGGAGACCUCAAGAUCGCGGACUUUGGAAUGGCAACUUUGUUCGAAUACCACGGCAAGAGAAAGCUGGCAACUACCCUGUGUGGGAGUCCGCCGUACGUUGCACCCGAGGUCCUAUCAUGUGGCGCACAAGCAGGGACAAAGGGCAAGGGCUAUCAAGCAGACAUGGCAGACAUUUGGUCUUGCGGUGUUGUUUUGUUUGUCCUAUUGGCCGGAAAUACUCCUUGGAGCAGGCCGGUGCCAGGUUGGGACGAGGAUGGUCGACCAAACGAGUUCAGCGAGUACGUCCAGAGCAAUGGCAGACCAAGCGACGAGUUAUGGGACGCCCUCCCUCUCGAGGUUCUCUCACUCCUCCGAGGAAUGAUGAAAGUUGACGUCAAGUCGCGGUUCUCGCUGGAGGAUGUUCGCAGACAUCCGUGGUUUACACGACCGAACAGAUUCCUAGACCAGAAAGGCCGAUUGAGUGAUCCGAUUACAAUGGCCACGAAUAUGUUCGAAGCGCUUCGUGUCAGCUUCGAUGCAGAUCCUUUGGUCGGCAGUCAGAAACCUAGGGCGUCUGAUGAUAUGGACAUUGACCAUCCCUGGGAGGACAAGCUGGCGGCCACACAACCCGACAUGCCCACCGAAGACAUGUUGUUCGACUGGGAGCGGCCCAAGCACCUUGCUGUGGCUAGCACACAGGUCGGACCCGGCCUCGCCGGACUAUCAUCCACACAAUCCAUCUCGACGACCAACUUUUUGGCAGAUGAGCCUUCGAUGUCGCAGUUUGCGGCAACCCCGAGCGUCCCCAUCAGUAGGACGCAAAUGGCCCGGAGAUUCCAAGAUAUCAUUCCAGCCCAGAGCCUGACCAAGUUCUAUUCGUGCUGGUCAUUGAACCUGCUUGUGCCACAUAUUCUAGAGGCAUUGAGUCGGCUGGGCGUGCCUACGCCCCUGAUCCCCCGACCCGAAGCACACGACUAUGAAUGCAGGAUCAAGGUCAAAACUCAUGAUAGCCGAGGAUGUCCACUGACCGGAAACAUUGCGUUGGAAGAUGUUGGCGAAGGACUGGUGGAGGUGUGCUUCGUCAAGGCUUCUGGGGACCCCCUGGAAUGGCGUAGAUUCUUCAAACGAAUGGCAGUGCUCUGUCAAGACUCGGUGGUCAAGCCGGAGGAGUAG